UGAGAAAACAGAAGUCCUCAGUGAAGAUCUGUUACAGAUUGAACGGCGCCUGGACAUGGUGCGGUCCAUGUGCCACCAUUCCCAUAAGCGCCUGAUGGCAUGCUUCCAGGGCCAGCAUGGCACCGAUGCAGAUAGAAGACACAAAAAACUCCCUCUGACAGCUCUCGCUCAGAAUCUGCAAGAAGCCUCAUCUCAGCUGGAAGACUCUCUCCUGGGGAAGAUGCUGGAGACGUGUGGAGAUGCUGAGAAUCAGCUGGCUCUCGAGCUCUCUCAGCAUGAAGUCUUCGUUGAGAAGGAGAUCGUGGACCCUCUGUACAGCAUAGCAGAGGUAGAGAUUCCAAACAUCCAGAAACAGAGGAAACAGCUCGCGAAGUUGGUGUUAGACUGGGAUUCGGUCAGAGCUAGGUGGAACCAAGCUCACAAAUCUUCAGGAGCCAACUUUCAGGGGCUUCCAUCCAAAAUAGAUACCCUAAAGGAAGAGAUGGAUGAAGCUGGAAAUAAAGUAGAACAGUGCAAGGAUCAACUUGCAGCAGACAUGUACAACUUCAUGGCCAAAGAAGGGGAAUAUGGCAAAUUUUUUGUUACGUUAUUAGAAGCCCAAGCAGAUUACCAUAGAAAAGCAUUAGCUGUCUUAGAAAAGGCCCUUCCCGAAAUGCGAGCCCAUCAAGAUAAGUGGGCAGAAAAGCCAGCUUUUGGGACUCCUCUGGAAGAGCACCUGAAGCGGAGUGGGCGCGAGAUUGCGCUUCCCAUCGAAGCCUGUGUCAUGCUGCUUCUGGAGACAGGCAUGAAAGAGGAGGGCCUUUUCCGAAUUGGGGCUGGGGCCUCCAAGUUAAAGAAACUGAAAGCUGCUUUAGACUGUUCUACUUCUCACCUGGAUGAGUUCUAUUCAGACCCCCAUGCUGUAGCAGGUGCUUUGAAGUCCUAUUUACGGGAAUUGCCUGAACCUUUGAUGACUUUUAAUCUGUAUGAAGAAUGGACACAGGUUGCAAGUGUGCAAGAUCAAGACAAAAAACUUCAAGAUUUAUGGAGAACAUGUCAGAAGUUACCACCACAGAAUUUCGUUAACUUUAGGUAUUUAAUCAAGUUCCUCGCAAAGCUUGCUCAGACCAGUGACGUUAAUAAAAUGACUCCCAGCAACAUCGCGAUUGUGUUAGGCCCUAACUUGUUAUGGGCCAAAAAUGAAGGAACGCUUGCGGAAAUGGCAGCAGCCACAUCUGUCCACGUGGUUGCGGUGAUUGAACCCAUCAUUCAGCAUGCCGACUGGUUCUUUCCUGAAGAGGUGGAAUUUAACGUAUCAGAAGCGUUUGUACCUCUCACCACCCCAAAUUCUAAUCACUCAUCCCACACUGGAAACGACUCUGACUCGGGGACCUUGGAGAGGAAGCGGCCCGCCAGCAUGGCGGUGAUGGAAGGGGACUUGGUGAAGAAGGAGAGCUUUGGUGUGAAGCUUAUGGACUUCCAGGCCCACCGGCGGGGUGGCACCCUAAAUAGAAAGCAUAUAUCCCCUGCUUUCCAGCCGCCACUCCCGCCCACAGAUGGCAGCACCUUGGCGCCAGCAGGCCCAGAGCCCCCUCCCCAGAGCUCUAGGGCUGAAAGCAGCUCUGGGGGUGGGACUGUCCCCUCCUCUGCGGGCAUACUGGAGCAGGGGCCAAGCCCAAGCGAUGGCAGUCCUCCCAAGCCCAAGGACUCUGUAUCUGCAGCUGCACCUACAGCUGCACCGGGGAGAAACAGCAGUCAGAUGACCACUGGCCAAACGCAGACCCAGGCAGCUGCCAGCUCCCACCAGCUCUCAGCUGGCCCAGCUCAUAAUGCCGCCGGGCCUAGCCCUCAUACUCUGCGCCGAGCUGUUAAAAAACCUGCUCCGGCACCCCCGAAACCAGGAAACCCACCUCCUGGCCAUCCUGGGGGCCAGAGUUCUCCAGGAACAUCUCAGCAGCCACCCAGUCUGUCACCAAAGCCGUCCACCCGAAGCCCCUCUCCUCCCACCCAGCACCCAGGCCAGACUCCAGGCCAGCCCUCAGCCCCCUCCCAGCUCUCUGCGCCCCGGAGGUACUCCAGCAGCCUGUCUCCAAUCCAAGCUCCCAGUCACCCGCCGCCGCAGCCCCCGACCCAGGCCACGCCGCUGAUGCACACCAAACCCGGUAGCCAAGGCCCUGCCACCCCCAUGGCCUUGCCCAGUGAGCACGGACUUGAGCAGCCAUCUCACACCCCUCCCCAGACUCCAACGCCCCCCAGUACUCCACCCCUAGGAAAACAGAACCCGGGCCUGCCAGCCUCUCAGACCCAGGCGGUGAGUAAUCCUGAGACGGCGCAGCCACAUACUGGAACCUUACCGAGACCGAGACCAGUACCAAAGCCAAGGAACCGACCCAGCAUGCCCCCACCCCCCCAUCCUCCUGGUGCCCACGCAGCUGGGGAUGGCAACCUGACCAACACCGCACCGACAGCUUCCAAAAUAGUAACGGAUGUAUGACCCGCCAUAUUCAGUAAGAACUGAAAUUGGAAUAUGUAAUGACACCAAUUCUAGGGUUUCCGAACCGCUUCGCAGCAUCUUCCCUGAAGUGCCCCCAGACUCUGCGAGCAAAGACGUGCCCGGCCGCAUUCUGCUGGAUAUAGACAAUGAUACGGAAAGUACCGCCCUGUGAAGAAAGCCACCUCCCAGCCCUGCACCCCGUCCACCUGGUGAGUGAACAGGGGCAGGCGAACCUCCGUCUUUGCAGACCAAACAGUGAAAAGCUUUCAGUGGAGGGCAAAGAAAGGCCUCCUUCUGCAGGACUUGGCCUUCUGCGCAAGGAAAACGUGGAGGCUGACACGAAAGCUGAAUGACCUGUGUCUGAAAGAAGUUGGCUUUCUUUACGUGGGAAGGAAAUCCUGCCAAGAAAUCAAAAACAAAGAAAUACCUGGAGUGGAAAAAGUAUGGCUGCCGAGACGUGUAUAGGAAGCUUCUGUCACUGCUGUUAAUACAGGCGGCACCAACAGCGAUUGGGAUUAAGAAGCAAUGCAUUAACUAUCUAUUUAAUAAAAUACGUUAAUUAUGCAAGUCGCCUACUUCCUGCUACUUGGACUUUCAUUCUUCGAUGCUGGGAGGGAGGUUCCUUUCCUCCAGACUUGCUGCAGAAUCAUUUUGUACCAAGUAUGGUCUGUGUCUCCCCCAGUCCCCUCAAAGCCAUGAGCGUCGAUGGUGACUGCUGGAUCUGUCACCCCAUCAAACUGGAUGUGACUCGUGCCUUGUUGGAUUGCCAGAAUGUAGAAAGAAUUGUACUGUUCUUUUUUUUAAAAAAAAAAUGUAAUUGCUACUUGAUAAGGACCGAACAUUAUUCUAGUUUCAUGUUUAAUUUGAAUUAAAUAUAUUCUGUGGUUUAUAUGAAAA